UACGUCCUAGGCAUCAAUCAGUUUAUCGUUUACAAUGGCGAUGACUUAUCAGAAAAUCUUUUGCGGGAACUAAGGAGGCAUAAAGAUUUGCAUGUACAAUCGUUACCAUUUAAUUUUCCUUUUACGAGCAAAAAUAGCACAUCAAAUAUACGAGACAUCAUCAAGACCGAUUGCUUACUGCGUUCCAUACACAGAGCGAAAUUCGCUAUAUUGCUGGAACCAAACGAAUUCUUUUUCCCAAAUGCUAAGAUAAAUGUGGACAAUUCUGUGUUGAAUUCGUUGCAUUCUUAUGGGGCUGACAGUAAUGCAUUUGAGUUACAAACUUACUCGGUUUGUAUUGAUCAGAAGAAUAAAUUGCUUACAAAUAAUAGCUUUUAUGACCCAGAGGUCGCGAAACCACACACCAUUUACAUAUAUAAACCUCGGGUGCCUAUGACAGCAACAACUACGUCGGCAGGACCUAUAAGUACUUCUGCCAAUUUAGCUCCAUCUUUAGCUUUUGCUCACAGAUACAUUGACUGUGCAAAUAUCGGAAAAGACGGCUUACAUUCAUGGCAUAAUGCAUUGCGUCAAAAUUUCAUGAACAACAUAAAUAAUAUAAGAUUAGAAGUAAUGAAGCUAAUGUACACAUAGUGGUAGACUGAUUAACUUAGUUUUUUUAGUCAAGGGCGAUUUCCCUAAUACAUACAUAUGUAACGCACGGUAUACACGGUAUAUAAAAGUUAACAAAGAAAAACGACGCACCACACCUUGUAAAGCGGGUAUUUGAUUGCAAUAAUUGUAUUGAAUAAAUACUCAAAUAAAUGAAAUCCAAGACUUCUUUUCACACUUA